AUGCCCCCUCUUCCUUCCCGUCGCCCUUGCGUUAUCCCUUCCUCCCCUCGCCUUCAAUGUCCCCCCUUUCCUUCCCGUCGCCCUCACUAUCUCCCUUCCCUCACGUUGCAUUUUCCUUCCCGUCGCCCUCGCGAUAUCCCUUCCCCCUCCCCCCCCCUUCGUCGCCUUUCUUCUCUCUCCGCCCAUUACACACCUCGUCGCCUACGCUCUUUCUCUGAAACACCCUCCUCAGCGCCCUUUGUCCCCCCCCUGCCAUCACUUUUCUCGUCGCCUUCGCGCUCUCCCUCCCGUCGCCCUUGUAAUUUCCCCUCCCAUCCCGUCGCCUACUUCAUCUCCUUUCGCUCACGUCCUCCCCUCCCAUCAGCAUCGCGCUCACGUUCCUCCCUCCCCUCGCAAUCACGCUCACGUGCACCUGUCUUCGCAUCGCCUCCGCGCUCAAGGUCUCCCCUCCCAUCGCGCUCGCUAUCUCCUCCCCUUUUCUCGUCGCGCUCGCUAUCUCCCCCCCUCUCCCCGUCGCGCUCGCUAUCUCCCCCCCUUUUCUCGUCGCACUCGCUAUCUCCCCCCCUCUCCACGUCGCGCUCGCUAUCUCUCUCGCGAACUCACGAGGCUUCCCUUCCCUUCGUGAUCGUCAGCUCUCAUCCCCUUCCCGUCGCCUCACUUUCUCCCAUCCCCUUCCGUCGCCCUCACCUUCUCCCGUACCUUCCCGUCUUCCUGGUGUUCUCCAAUGCCCUCCGUCACCCUUCCUCUCUCCCCUGCCACCCCGUCGCCAGUUCCGGUUCCUCUAUCCCCAUCACCCUCUUUCUCUUCAUUCGCAUCACCUUGCCCAUCAUCAUUUCCCCCCGCUUUUUUUUUAUUCCUCCAUUCCCCGUUAUUGCACCUCUCACAGGCCCCAAGUCCAAGGCCGCACAUUGCUAG